AUGAAAAAAAUCAAAGAAGUAAAACUUAAAAAAGAUAAAUCUGAUAGAAAUACUAUAGAUAAAGUUCUAGAUGCUAAGACAUACAGCAUUUUAAAAAAACUACUUGCUCGUAAUAAACUUGUUGAUCUGCAAGGCAGUAUUUGCACUGGAAAAGAAGCUAAUGUUUAUUUAGGAAAUGCAAGUACAGAAAUUUAUUCUAAAUUUGUUAAAAAUAUUCACACAUUAGAUAAUAACGGCGAAAAUAAAAAUAUAUUUUGUCCAAAAAAAUUACAAAAACUUUUAGAAUGCACAAAUGUGAAUGAUGUAGAUUUUGUUAUAAAAGAUUUUUUUAAAAAAAAUGAAAAUAAUUACACAUUAAGCAAAAGAAAAUUAAGAAAAAAAAAUAAGAAAGAAAAAAAUGUUUUACUUACUAACGAAAAUAAAAUUAAAUUAGAAAAAACUAAUAUUUCUUCUAUUGAAAACAGUGUUGAAAAUAAAAAAGACAAUAAUCAACUUGAUUUAUUAUCAGAUGAUUUAACAAAAGAAUGCAAUAUGGGCACGGAUUACAGUAAAUCAGAGAUUGAAAAUUGUACUAAUUUAAAGUCUGAUAUUUCCUUUGAAAAUAUGAUCCCUGUGGCUAUUAAAAUAUACAAGACAUCUGCUAUGAAUUUUAAAGAUAGAGAAAGAUAUCUUGAAGGUGAAAAAAGGUUUAAAAAUUUUUGUACAAAAAAUAGUAGGAAACUGAUAAAAUUAUGGGCAGAAAAAGAAGUUAGAAAUUUAAAAAGACUUAAUAAACAUAAUGUACCUUCGCCAAUACCAAUUUAUCUAAAAAGAAAUAUUCUUAUUAUGAGUUUAAUUGGGGGACCGGCAGAAAAGCUUAAAGAUACAUUUAUUGAUGAUCCUAUAGACUGUUAUAACCAAGUUAUUCAAAUUAUUAGUGAUAUGUACAACAAAUGCAAUCUGAUACAUGCAGACUUAAGUGAAUAUAAUUUACUUUAUCAUAAUAAAACUGUUUAUGUUAUAGACGUCGGUCAAAGUGUAGAAAGAGAUCAUAUUAAUGCUAACGAAUUUCUAAUUACGGAUUUAAUUAAUAUUAACAAUUUUUUUUGUAAAUUAAAUAUAAAAGUAAGGAACAUAAAUGAAAUAUUUGUUAAAAUUACUAAAAAUGAAAUACCAGAUUUUUUAAAAAGUUUUGAUUUAACAAAAAAUACAUUUAUUCCUUUAAAGUUAGAUGAUGUUAGUAAUAUUGAAGAUGUUAAAAUUUUUACUGAUUUGACUGACAAGAGAAUGAAUACAUGUAAUGUACAUGAAGAAGAUCUUGAAUUAAAUAAAGUUUUAUGUCUUGAAAAUGACACUGAAGAGAGAAGUCAUUUGAGCAAAAAAGAUCGUAAAAAACUUGUGAAAGAGUUUAACAAAGAGCGUAGAGUAUAUAAAAUUAGCAAAGUAGAAAAAAAAAGAAUAUUUAAGAAAUACAUAGGAAAAAAGAAAAAAAAAUAA